CUUGCCACCAUGGCGAGCGCCAAAAUCCUUGUUGUAACGCCUCCGGUAUUCCGUCUGGAAGAUGAUGUGAACCUAGAAGAGACGGGGAGAACACUCGGUGUCGCCACAAAUCCCGCGAACAACUCGGCAGCUAUUUUCGUGGCACAGGCUCCUGGCCAGAAGAGCAGCGCCAACGAUGUAGACCCAAUCUAUAUCUGUAGUCUUGAAGAUUUACCGGACAAGGAACGACAUACCUUCAUCACCGACACCACAGUGAUCUUUCGACUUUUCCAAGAGCUCAUGAAAGAGACGAAGAAUCAGCAGAAUCAACUUCUGCAAGCGGACGACAAGGUUCUGGAGGCGAUUCGGAAACUGUGCGUCGACUACGUCGAGCACAUCAAGGAGAUUUGGGUCGACAGUAGCAGACCGGAAACCACAACAGGGUUCAGCAGCGACCAUUAUCAGCGGUUAUUAACCGUCUUCUCUUUGUUCGUUCUAUUGUUCGUGCCGGAGCCUGGCUUUGAAGAUGCUCCCUUCGGUGAGGAUCUUAUGGAGUGGCUGAACAUGUACUUCAUCGCACCGUCGACCGAGGACGGCGAGCAGCUCAGCACUCUCGACAAGCCAUGGGAACACGAAAACUUCUGGACCUACUUGAAAAGGACAACCCUCCGCGGUCUCACGAAGGCCACAACCUUCUUCUUGGACACACUAACCCGGCACCCCUCCGACAACCUCCCUGGGCUAGCGCAGGAGCUGAUACCGAUCAUCAACUCGCAGCCUCACCUCCAGAGCUUCAACUCAGAGCGCGAGUUCAUGCAGGCUCACCACCGCUGGCGGGAACGUGUCAAGGCUGUCCGCGUCCAAAUGGAGCGGGUCCCGGAGGACGAUCGUGCCGACGACGUCGAAUUCUGGUGGGACAACUUGAGCGACAUCGUGGGCAUCCUCGAGGGCCGCGGCGACAUAGUACAGCGCGUCUGCGAAGAGUUCGAAGAGCCUGAUUGGAAGGAAGUGUGCGCAGCAUGGGGCAUCUUUGUGAACCCUCGGCUGAGGCGUCAGGAACUUCCCGGAAUUGUUGGCAAGGUUCUUGAAACAUUGCCACCUGACCCGACAUACGACGAGGACAUGAUCCACUCGAACCUGCUGUCGGGUCUGCCCGCCAAAGCGCUGCAGUACUCCGCUCAGCUCGACCCGUGGCUGGCCGCUCAUAUGGCGGACGUCAUGGAAGCGCUGAAGCUCUUGGAAGGCGAGUUUGAUACGAGCACGGGUCUUUCGACGCGGGACUCCUAUAUCCUUGCAUACGCCGAAUACUUACACGCCGACCCGACACUCUGGCGCCAAUGCGUGGCCUAUAUGUAUUCCUGCUCCGAGCAGGGCAAAUUGCGGGCGGACGAAGUCCUUAUGCAUGUGCCCCUGCGACUCGGAAAGCGGGCGCCUGAGGACGCCUCAGUUGAAGAAGACAUCCGCCACGGAGAUCUCGUCGGCGCCCUGAAGGAGAUUAGCCAAACGUGCUUUGAGAACCAGAGGGAGGAUGUCCGUCGGACUGUAUGCAGAAUAGCGGCGCAGACGCUCGUGCACGAGAAAGAGUACGGCCUUGCGAUCUCGUAUUGCAAGUCGGCCGAGGAUUGGGCAGGGCUGGGAAGGGUGAUAGACCGUAUUUUGAACGAAUACAUCGCGCACGGUCCCGAUGCAUUCGUGCGCUGCGCCUCGCAGGUCGCGCCGUCCCUGCAGGAGUGGGCACUUCACGGUGAAAGCCGCGGGGUGUUCAUGCACCGGUUAAUGUUCGCAGUUUGCUAUGCGCGCUUCCAUGACUUCCGCGCCGCGGGGCAGCUGCAGGACGCUGCGUCUGAGCUUGUCGCGAUGCUUCAGGAGGGUGUGGCCCCCAGGGCGUGGUGGGCCGUCCUCCUCAGCGACUCCGCUGAAUUGCUACAGCAUGAUCAGGCCCUUCUUUUCUCGCAAGACGGGGCGUUGCAGAUUCUGAGAACUAUGAACGAGGUCAGCACGCGCGCGCUGCAAGGCGGCGAGGAUGAGUACCUCGACGUGCUUCGCCGCGUGCAGAAGGGGGACACGAAGGACGUGGCGCGGCGGCUCAAGGUCGUCCGGCUGGCGCUCGCAAAGUACUUUGCGCAAUACAACGUUGGGGAGGGGACUUUCAUGCAUUAGUAAGUUAACGUGUUUAGGUGGUCGGUCCGAGUACAUCGGGAGCUACUGUGAGUAUAGUAAACGCGUGAACGUUAUCAGCCGCUCCAGAAAACCGCUC